CCACUGAAGUCACCUGGGAGACAGUGCCAAAGUUCCACCCCAGAGUCUUGGGCUCUAGGAAGCAGGAACAGCAGGCCUGGCCAGCCCAAAGGACUCUGUCCAGGAUGUAAAUGAGCAUACUGCUGGCCCAUGCCCCUUGGGGCUGUAGAGGGCAGCCUCAGAGGCACUGGGCAUUCCCAGCAUUAUGGAGGAUGCUGCAGUCCUCAAGCGACGAGGUUACCUCCUGGGGAUAAAUUUAGGAGAGGGCUCCUAUGCAAAAGUAAAAUCUGCUUACUCUGAGCGCCUGAAGUUCAACGUGGCGAUCAAGAUCAUUGACCGCAAGAAAGCCCCCGCAGACUUCUUGGAGAAGUUCCUUCCCCGGGAAAUUGAGAUUCUGGCCAUGUUAAACCACUGCUCCAUCAUCAAGACCUAUGAGAUCUUUGAGACAUCACAUGGUAAGGUCUACAUUGUCAUGGAGCUCGCGGUCCAGGGUGACCUCCUCGAGUUAAUCAAAACCCGGGGAGCCCUGCACGAGGACGAGGCUCGCAAGAAGUUCCACCAGCUCUCCUUGGCCAUCAAGUACUGCCACGACCUGGAUGUUGUCCACCGGGACCUCAAGUGUGACAACCUUCUCCUCGACAAGGACUUCAACAUCAAGCUGUCUGACUUUAGCUUCUCCAAGCGCUGCCUGAGGGACGACAAUGGUCGAAUGACAUUAAGCAAGACCUUCUGCGGGUCAGCAGCCUAUGCAGCCCCUGAGGUGCUGCAGGGCAUCCCCUACCAGCCCAAGGUGUAUGACAUCUGGAGCCUGGGCGUGAUCCUCUACAUCAUGGUCUGCGGCUCCAUGCCCUACGAUGACUCCAACAUCAGGAAGAUGCUGCGUAUCCAGAAGGAGCACCGCGUCAACUUUCCACGCUCCAAGCACCUUACAGGCGAGUGCAAGGACCUCAUCUAUGGCAUGCUGCAGCCAGACGUCAACCGGCGGCUCCACAUCGACGAGAUCCUCAGCCACUGCUGGAUGCAGCCCAAGGCAUGGGGACUGCCCUCUGUGACGACCAACAAGGAAGGGGAGAGCUCCCGGGGAACUGAAACCUUGAGGACCCCCGAACCUGACUCUGACAAGAGGUCUGCCAACAAGCUGGAGCCUGAGGGAGAGACACAGCCCCAGGCAGAACCCCAGGCACAGCCUGAGACAAAACCCGAGGGGGCGGCAACACCGAUGUCCAGGCAGUCGGAGAUCCCAGGUUUCCCCAGCGAGCUGUCGACCAGGGAGACAGAGGAAGGGCCUCCCCAACGGCUUCCAGAGACGCGGGCCCAGUGAGCUUCUUGCAGACCAGGGAGACAGAGGAAGGGCCUCCCCCAACGGCUUCCAGAGACGCGGGCCCAGUGAGCUUCUUGUGGCCCAGGGAAUGCGAUGAAGCUCACAGCUUCAAGGCCGAGCUCUGAAGUCAAGGGUCGAGCCAGGGAAUGAAAGCAGGCCCAGAUGAGCGGCUAUUUUCAUCAGUUUCUUCUCUCUCCCCUUGAACUUGGUAACCCAUAUGGCUCUCCAGCGGCCCCUAGGUGGGUGAGGCCAAAGUCAAAUCCAAGGCUGAGACAGUUGUGCGACUCCUACUCCCCCCGGGCGUGAGCCGGAGCAGGUGCUGGACACAGGGCCUGUCUCAGCGGACUGGCCCCACUGGCCGCAGCGGCCCGGUGACAGCACGAGCAGGAAAAGCAGCAGGAAGGCACCGCUGUCGGCCUUGGGCACCAUUUAUCCUCCUUUCAUCAUCCCCGGGGCGGCUGCGUGACCCCGCUGGGAGGCUGGACGGGGCCAGACUGAGGGUCAGGGGACUGGGACGGGCCGGGCCGGGGGUCGGGCGGGGCUGGUCGGGGACGAGGCACCUGAGGCGGCGGGAAAGAGCUUGGGCUGGGCCGCGGGCUCGCUGGCACUCUCGGCGGCAGCCUCGGGCUCCGACUCCAGCCCCACACAAGAUCCAUAAACUUUGAAAGAAGCCUCAAAACAUACGUUUAAAGCAUUAAGCUUUAAAGUGCUGGAAAUCUUGAACUGCAUAUGUGCUUCUUUCGGUAUUAGAUCCUCUGGAGUAGCAUGACAAUCCUUUACAGAAAGUCAAACUAUGUAGACAGGUUUCCCCUUAAAUUCUUCCUUGAGAUUGGGUUCUUCAGACGGGGAGGCCUUAAGCUGGGUUCCCUAGGAGUACACUUGUGAUCAACACGCAGGUGUUGCUGCAUUGUCAGGUACCAUGUUUCAGGCAUGAAGAACCUGCUGAUGUAUCCGUCCCCGUCGCCGUCGCACGUCUGGAAGAGGUGCCACAUCCUCUCCUCCUCGCCGGUGCUGGUCGUGUUGCCGCUGCCGCCGCCGCGGCCGCCAUCAUGGGCCCGCUCCCUGCUUGGGAGCGACAGUGUUUUCCAAACUUUUUCUUUUUGAGAUGGAGUUUCGCUCUUGUUACCCAGGCUGGAGUGCAAUGGCGCCAUCUUGGCUCACCGCAACCUCCGCCUCCUCGGUUCAGGCAAUUCUCCUGCCUCAGCCUCCUGAGUAGCUGGGAUUACAGGCACGCGCCACCAUGCCCAGCUAAUUUUUUGUAUUUUUAGUAGAGA